AUGACUGUCCGACAGGUCGGCCAAUCCCCAGCCGGACAGGGCUUCAACCAGCCGAUGGCCGGAAAAUCGAACAAUAACAUGGUUUACGGGCUUUUGGCUGCUGCUGUGGCUGGAGGAGGAGCUUAUGCCUAUUUGAGGCCCGGAAGGGGAAAGCACACCGAUGCCAAGCUCCACAAGGAGAAGGAGGAGUCGAAGGAGCAUGGCCAGAAGGAGGGACUUGAUGCCGCUCAAAAUGCCCAAAAGGACAAGGCUGGCCAGAAGGGCCAGAAUGCGGCAACACCCACCAAUCAGGGACCGGCUCCCCGAAUG